AUGGAUGUCACUCCACUUCCUCAAACUCAAUCUUUCCAAAACUGAGCUCUUAGUAUCCCCCCCCCCCCCCCGUCCCCCCCCCCCCCCGACUUCUCCAUCAAGUCUAUCAUGAAUGCUGCUGCCAGACUCAUCCACCUUACUAACCGUUCUGUAUCUGCCACCCUUCUCUGCCACUCCCUCCACUGGCCUCCAUUCAGUGUCCUCCCCCUCUCUCUGCCAAUCCCUCCACUGGCCUCCAUUCAGUGUCCUCCAUCCCUCUCUGCCAAUUCCUCCACUGGCCUCCAUUCAGUGUCCUCCACCCCUCUCUGCCAUCCCUCCACUGGCCUCCACUCAGUGUCCUCCACCCCUCUGUGCCAAUCCCUCCACUGUCCUCCACUCAGUGUCCUCCACCCCUCUCUGCCAAUCCCUCCACUGGCCUCCACUCAGUGUCCUCCACCCCUCUCUGCCAAUCCCUACACUGUCCUCCACUCAGUGUCCUCCACCCCUCUCUGCCAAUCCCUCCACUGGCCUCCAUUAAGUGUCCUCCAUCCCUCUCUGCCAAUCCACUGGUCCUCCACUGGCUCCUCC